UCCGGCUGGCAAGCGGGACUCGGAGUGCAGAGUCAGCUGGGCAGCUGGAGGCGGAGGCGCGCGCAGGAGGAGGAGCAGGAGCAGGAGCAGGAGCAGGAGCAGGAGCAGGAGCAGGAGCAGGACUUGUCCUUUGACACCGACUGGACAGAAGAAGCCAAGUCCUGCACUGUUGAACCUGCCACCAUGGGGAACAUAUUUGGAAACCUGCUCAAGAGCCUGAUUGGCAAGAAGGAAAUGCGCAUCCUCAUGGUGGGUCUGGACGCUGCUGGGAAGACCACCAUCCUCUACAAGCUCAAGCUGGGAGAGAUCGUCACCACCAUCCCUACUAUCGGGUUCAACGUGGAGACGGUGGAGUACAAGAAUAUCAGCUUCACCGUGUGGGAUGUUGGCGGCCAGGACAAGAUACGGCCCUUGUGGCGGCACUACUUCCAAAACACCCAAGGUCUGAUCUUUGUGGUGGACAGCAAUGAUCGGGAGCGGGUGAACGAGGCACGUGAGGAGCUGAUGCGGAUGCUGGCAGAGGAUGAACUGCGAGAUGCUGUUCUCCUUGUCUUUGCUAACAAACAGGACCUCCCCAAUGCCAUGAACGCAGCAGAAAUCACGGACAAGCUGGGCCUGCAUUCGCUGCGCCAUCGCAACUGGUACAUCCAGGCCACUUGUGCCACCAGCGGAGAUGGCCUCUACGAGGGCUUGGAUUGGCUGGCCAACCAGCUGAAGAACAAGAAAUGAGUGGAGGGGUGGCGGUGGGGCGAAGCCCCCUCACUUGUUGGUUCCAUUAUGGGUUGAUUCCGCCCUUCUCCCCUACCCAACGUCCUUUCCCCUAUUGGGUUUGCUUUUCCUUGCCGGCACCGGUUGCUGUGGGGUUUGGGGUGGGUAGGGGUUAACUUUUGGUUCUCUCUCUCUCUCUCUCUCUCUCUCUCUCUCUCUCUCUCUCUCUCUCUCUCUCUCUCUCUCAUAUUCUGGCUCUGCCAGGAUUUUUUGCACGGUCUCUGUGUGUGUGUGUGUGCGUGUGCGUGUGUGAUAAAUAUAUAUAUAUAGAGAGAUAAUAAAAUAUAUGGGUGUGGUGGGAGGGUUGGGGCAAGUGGGGGGUUUGGGUGCCGAUUCUGUGGCCUUUCUUUUUCUCUCUCUUUUGUUUCCCUUUCUAUUUUGUUGGUCAGUUUUGUAUUUUCUUGGUGGUCUGUGAAGCUUUCUCUCUCUCUCUCUCUCUCUCUCUCUCUCUCUCUCUCGUUUUUUUGACUGGAGGUGACCAAUACUCAGUGGCAGCUGCUGCUUUCUUGCUUUUGUGUGCUGCGCUUUGGGUUGCAGCAGAGGGACCUAGGUGGUGAAGCCGGGGACUAAAAGGUGUGUGUGUGUGUGUGUGUGUGUGUGUGUGUGUCUGCAUCUGCAAUAUGUGCGGGGGGGGGGUGGAGGGAACAGAGACCGAUUAGCGCAAGGAGGGGGCAUUCUAGGAAAUGGGUCUGCAGGUGAUCAAAUGCCCUUUUCUCCUUUUUCCUUCUCUUCCCAGAUUGGGGCAAUGUUCUGGAGGCAGAGCAGUGCUACUACUUCAUUCUCUCUCUCUCUCUCCCCCCCCCCAAUCAUUUGUAUUCUUUCUGUCCCUGUAUAUUUUUUGUUGGACAGUGACCCCUGCUGGCAACAAUUGAGAUUGCAGCAAUACUGAACGCCCUCCUUGCUCUUCCCUCCCCAAAUCAGUCGCCAUGUUAACAGCAUCCUCAUGAGUGGCCCAGAACGGUUAGAUUUUUUAAUGCUGCUGAUGGACUCGAAUCAUUUGCACUCCAACUUCUUUGACCAAAUGGCACUGGAGCCCUUGAUAAUGCCCCUCUCCUGAGCCCCACCAAUUCCUUACUGUUUUUCUCCCUUCCUGGAAAACGGACUAGGGCUUGAUGGUCGUUGGUGCAGGCUGCUGCCGCAGUAAAUUUGGGACCACUGCUAUCGUAAAGCUGCCCGUGCACCUUUUCCCCUGGUUUGGCCUGCUCUUUCCAGCCAAGGGGAGCAUGUGCAUGUGUGCCCCCUGCCCCGGCCCUUGGCAGCUUCAAAAGGGUGGCUUUUUAGUAAUGUUGCUGCUUAUUCCAUGGAUGUCUCCCAGUCGGACAGAACAUUCCAUCCUUCCUCUGAAACACCCCUUCUGUUGCAAGGUUCCUUUUCCAUGCUGGGGGAAGUUGGAAGAGUUGUAUUCCCCCCCUUUUUUAAUUUUAGGGGAUAAUGAUUGUAUUCGGGUUAAACCCAGGUCACUGCAUGCAACUUUCUGGUCCCUCCCUGCCUCUGGACAGUGUUGGUACUGUGUGUUCCCUUCCCCCAUCCUGGCAAAUAUGUAUUUAUUCCUCUUUUUCUCUUCUCCCUACCCAGCUUCAGCUCCCUUUGCGUGGUGUAAAGUGGUUUCCUCCUCUCCCUGCCUCCUUCUGAUUUGUUCAUUCUCUGGGCCAUGGCUCCCUAGAUGUGAUUUUCUCGCGCCCCCCCCCCCCUGAACAGUUGGAUGCACCACGACCUCUGUGCACUCCCAUUGGAUAUUAAACUUGUUUUAUGUA